GUACAUCAUCAAACACUACAUCAUGAAGAACAAGGUCAACAUCCACAGCCGCCCGAGCAUUUGCGUUGGUCAGACGCAUAAGAUCGCGCGGGGCAUCCAUGAGAAGUCAGGGACGAAGGCGCCGCAGCACCUGCUCAUGCACCUCCCUGGCCUGAAGAUAAGGUUCUUCACGUUCGGCCACGGCGACCUCAACAGUCAGAAAGAACUCAUGGACGAGUCGAAAAUCGAUCAGGGGUUCGAUUACAUCGAGGAGCAUGCCCGUCUGAUCCAGAACAAGAGCCACCUUCGGUGGAUCACCAAGGAGCUGAGCAACGAGGCCAGCCUCAUUUUCGGGUGGAAGGAGUCGCUUGCGAAAGAGAUCAUGAGGGGCAUCGCAAACGAGGCGGUGCUGUGCCAAGAGCAUCUUGUCUGCCCCGUCACGCUGCGCAACAUCAAGCGCUCCUUCCUGGUCGGCAUCCUCAAGCCCAUGAUCAAGACGAUGGGCAAGCAUGCUCUCAUGAUGAUUGGCGAGCCUGGGAUCGGAAAGACUUUCGUGGGUCGCCCAGUCGCCCUGGCCCUCGCCAGGCGGUGGGCGCGCAAGAUCGGCGGCGAGCGCGCGGCCAUGCUGAAGAGCACGGCGGAGUUCGACUUCUUGAGCGGCCAGCCAGGGGAGAAGAGCUGUGCUUGGGUGUACGACGACGGGGCGCUGAACGAGCAGCGCGUUCGGGCCAUCAAGUCCUUCACGGACGUCGGGGAUGACGAGUCGAUGAUCUGGGCCCGCUGGGGGGCCACAAAAUGCGUGCAGGGGCAGCCUCGCUUGAUCGUGGACAACGCGUUCAACCCAGCCACGCUCCGCCCGACCAUCGGCAGCUUCCCGUCGAUAUCUCACGAGGACUUUCUGGCCGCCGUGUCGACAACCUUCCCCCCAGGGACGACUCUAGCCAACCUCAUGGCGUGUCUGAAGCGAUCGCACUUGACCCUCAACUUCACGCACGCCGACGGCAAGGUCUACGUCCUCCACCGCAUCGCCUCCGAGGGCACUGAGCCCGUUCCGUGCUUUGUGUUGGACGAGUCGAACUUCAUCAACAUGGACGGCAGGCGCCGCAUUGGCUUGUGGAAAGAUGGCCACCGCCAGUUCGGGACAUAUUACGACCAGGACGUGAUGUGGGAGCAGAACUGGCUGGCACAGCUCCUGGAGGACGACGAAGUCCCGCAGGGGGUCGACGACUCGGGCGCGGAGGGCGUUACCGCGGCCGCCGAGCCCCAGCGGUUCGGCAAGUUGAGCUUGGGGAACAUCUGGGGCAGCGCAGCAGCCGCGCCAGGGGGCGGCGUGCCCGCGGCCGCGAUGCCAGCCCCAGCAGCGCCAGAGGGCGCCGUGCCCGCGGCCCCGAUGUCAGCCCCAGCCGCGCCAGAGGAGGCCCCCCCAGCCAAGCGGGCGAAGCCUGACACCCAGGGGCCCCGCGCGGUGCCCCCCGAGCCUUUCGCGGACGGCUUCAAGUGCGAUCGCAUCGGGGGCGACCGCGACGACUACGAGGACGAGGAAGAGCCACCGCGCGGGACCCCCGCACAGGAGAUCGAGCGGCUCUGGAAGCUCCACCAGGCUGGCGCGAUCUCGCUCAAGGAGUCUAACGCCUUGAAGAAGGGCGCCAUCAAUGAUGGGUUCGACGCCAUGAAGAAGGUGGCGCCCGCCAAGAAGGAGGAGCGCAGUGCCAAUCGGGAGCGGGCGCCUCGCGGACCGAUCAAGCGGGGCCCCGAGGGCCCCUGCAGGGCGGCGGGCUCGACCGAGCAGGUUGCCAAGAAGGAGGUGUUCUCGGCGACGCCCGUGGACAGUGCGACGAUGCAGGAGCUCUUUCCAGGCGUCGUGGCGAUCGACUCGGACGAGGCCAGUCUCUCCGUGAACAGGGCCAGUACCAUGGCCUGCAUCGCGUGCGGGCGGGUGCCUGCCAUCGGCUUCCCCGCUCAGUCGCAGCGCAUUUGCCACGGAUGCCUCAUGCGGACCGCCGUGGCCGACCUUGACCAGAUGUUGGCCAUUCCGCAGCCCCGCGGCGCGUGGCGGGCGACGCGGGUGGAGCAGCUCAUGGCCGACAGCGACUCCGAGCACGACGACGGCGCCAGCGAGAUCUUGAUCCUUGACCCCGAGUCCGACGGCGAGGCCACGCUGGUGCCGUCAGAAGGCGACGCCGCGGACGACAUCACGAAUUGCAGCUUCGAGAGCGACUUCGUGGAGGACUUCGACAUCGAUGGUGAUUUCGCGGGCCAUGGCGGUGCCCCUGAAGGCAUCGACGACAAUCCCGUUGUCGGCCUGGAUGAGUUCUUGGACGGUGUCACCGAGGAGGCUUGGGUUGAGUUCUUGUGCCGCCGCAUGAGCGUCGUGGUGUGA